AUGUCGACCCUCUCUACCGGCCAUCUGUCUCCAUGGCGGCGCCCCCGCGACAGCCAGACUCCGACACCGGCGUCGCUGCCGGAAGCAGAGGACGUGCAGCUCUACGAAUUCAAGGGCCUCGCGGCGCGCAAGGCCUCCAAGGUCAGGGUCCUCGCCCGUGUGCUCGGCAAGUGGAUCGUCACGGUGGUGCUCAUUGUCGCCGUGUACGCCGUGCUGAUCGGUUACUCGGUCGACCGACCCGUCAUGUCGACGACGAAGAAGCGCCAGUUCAACGCGCUCAUCACGGGUCUGCUCAUCACUCUUGGCCUGUCGACGGCCAGCUUUCUCACGGGCAUGUGCGAUGACAUGCGGUGGUGGAUUCUCAGCAGGAGAGCGCGAUCUCAGCACAAGGUCGAGCACAUUCUCCAUGCCCACAGCACUUCGCGCGUCAUCCGUCUGGCGUCGCGAUCGAAAAGGUCCAACAUUCACGUCGCCGUCACACUGUGGGUGCUGCUGAUCAUCGGGGCCCAAGUUGGCAUCGCCUCCAUCGGCUUGUGUUACUCAGUCGAACGCACAGAGGACAAGGCGCUGCUCGUGCGCGGCAACGUCUCGAUCCCCGACAUGUCGACCAUUGAGACGACAAAGGUGGCCAACGGAAGCAACUCGCAGCGUGCACAGGAGUACACGGCCAACAGCCUCGGCAGCGUGUCACUGGCGUAUGACACGGCAGUAGUCGACCAAAUCCCACAGCCGGGUGACCUGUAUUCGAGCGACGAUCCGCUCUUCUUCUGUGACGACGGGGGCUGCAUCUACGCCUUUCACGAGGUCAAUACCAAGUCGGCCCUCGACCCCAACUCGUUCCCCAUCACGGCCGUGACGAACCGGCUCGUCCGGGUGGACACGGCAUGCCGCAGCUAUCGCGUCACUUCAGGCGGCGACGGCCUCUUCGAGAACAUCACCAUCGCCGACAGCAACAGCCGCGGCGGCGCGCGCAACGUCACGCUGCCGGUCCUCGGCGGCGGCGACCAGUCGACCUUUUUCACCGACACAAUGGCGCCAUGCGGGCCGGCGUGUGGGCGCGUGUCCGUGUUUGAAGCAUCAUCGUCCUCGCCGUGGCUCUACGAGUGCAACACGACGGUCGGGACGCCAUCGAACGCUUCGCUACCUCAGCACGCGCUCGGCGACGAUCUCGUCUGGAUGGUGGCCGUGGCCGUGGCGUUGCAAGGCUACUCGACAACGGCAGCAGACGAGGACCUGCAGGUCCAGGGCAUCGUGUAUCCGGCGGCGACGUACUGGGGCACGCCGAUGAGCGGGAGCAGCGAUGCGCUGGCGCUGCUCAUGUCACGGUUCGCCAUUGGCGUGCUCGGCAUGGCGGCGCAGUCGAACACGGCGCUCUUCGUGUGGGGAGACGCGCCGACGAUCGGCCAGAAAGCUCAACAUGGAACACUGGGACAUGAUCCAUCUCAUUCAUGGUGCUGA